AUGUCCGGGCGAAAAGCAUACGCCCGCGUUGCCGCAGCCGAAGACUCUGGGUGCGGGCCCGAACCUGAGGUCACGUUUCCCCCCGAGGGGGUCAUGCAGCCUGAGCACGAUGACGCGUUGGUGGUGGCCGCCAGAAUCGCCAACACCCAAGUAAGGAGGAUCAUGGUCGACAUUGGAAGUUCGGCCGACAUCCUUUAUCCGGACGCCUUCCAGAAACUCGUGGUCUCCCACGACGCCCUGAAGCCUAUGAACUCAACACUCACCGGGUUUACCGGUGAAUCGAUUUCGCCGCUGGGCACGAUCACCUUACCCUUAACCCUCGGGGAAGUGCCGAGGACGAAGACGGUGAUGGCAACUUUCUUGGUGGUCGACCUCCCCACCGCUUACAACACAAUUUUGGGGCGCCCCACCCUUAACAAAUUCAGGACGGUCAUCUCCACCUACCACCGAACCUUGAAGUUCCCGACCCGAGCAGGGGUUGGAGUGGCCAGGGGGAGCCCCCGCGAAUCAAGGCGGUGUUACUUGACCGCGGUCUCCCUGCACAAAAGAAGGGGGGUUGAAUUGCCCCUCGAAGACCCCUGA